CCCUUGGCACCUGGCCAAGCUGAAGCUGCAUAAAACUAGGCUUAGCUUCAGCUCUCAGUCAUACAUCUUCUUGACAACAUGAAGACCAGAAGCUUCUUGGUCCAGGUGGUAGUGCUUCUCGUCCUUGGGACGCUGGUGGCAGAGGCAGCUAUCAUAAGAGGUCGUCCAAAAGGUCAAGGUACUAAGAAAACAAAUGUUUUAGUCAAUGAAAAGGGUCCAAUCAACGGUCAAUAUCCUGUCAAAAGACCAAAUCCAGUGAAAGGUCAAGAUCCAGUCAAAGGUCAAGAUCCAGUCAAAGGACAAGAUCCAGUCAAAGGUCAAGAUCCAGUCAAAGGACAAGAUCCAGUCAAAGGUCAAGAUCCAGUCAAAGGACAAGAUCCAGUCAAAGGUCAAGAUCCAGUCAAAGGACAAGAUCCAGUCAAAGGUCAAGAUCCAGUCAAAGGACAAGAUCCAGUCAAAGGUCAAGAUCCAGUCAAAGGACAAGAUCCAGUCAAAGGUCAAGAUCCAGUCAAAGGACAAGAUCCAGUCAAAGGUCAAGAUCCAGUCAAAGGACAAGAUCCAGUCAAAGGACAAGAUCCAGUCAAAGGACAAGAUCCAGUCAAAGGACAAGACCGAGUCAGAGGUCGACUCCUCACUAAGCGUGGCUCCUGCCCCAGGGUUCUGAUCCGGUGCGCCAUGAUGAACCCCCCUAACCGGUGUCUGAGAGAUGCUCAAUGCCCAGGGGCCAAGAAGUGCUGUGAAGGCUCUUGUGGGAAGACCUGUAUGGAUCCCCAGUGAGGUAGAGUCUGUGCUUGCUGCACCUGUGAGGUCCCCAGGGAUGUAGGCCCUGGUGCCUGUAGCAUGACCCUCUCCCACACUGCCCCUUCUUCCUCUCAUCCAGGAGGCCCAAGCUUGAGCACGGACUGCUUCCCUCAUGAACUUUCCAAUAAAACACUGCUUUCAACUCCA